UGUGAGGACUAUUCGACAAGAACCUUGUGAGAUCACGUGAUACAGAUUGGGAACUUUAACUUUCCAGCAGGGUCUACUCUUGGGUAUAUAAAUGAAGGGAAAUCGUAGAACGGCAUAAAGUGUUGUGCAUCUCUUCGCUGCGGUGGGGAAAAAAAAAUGAUAGUUGCGGGCUUUGCUCGUAGUCUUUUUGUUCCUGGGAGGCAGGGAAUUUCGUCACUAAGGGCCCAGCAAUCAAAACGCUACUACGAAGCAUUUAGGCUGAAACAAACGAACAAGGUGAACAUUUUGUCAGUAGUUCCCGGAGGUCAUCAGCAAGCAGCAAAAAUCAUUUUUGAUGACAGCUCUUCUACCACUGUCAACUUUAAAUAUAUCUGGCUAAGAGACAAUUGCAAGUGUUCACAGUGCGUUGAUAAAUCUACCAAGCAAAAAUUAAUCGAUACGCCAUCGCUUGAUGUUAACAUACGACCCGACCGAUUGAACGUCAACAAAGACGGCCAGUUAGUGGUCGAAUGGAUGGAAAAAGGACAGAGUCAUUCGUCAAUUUACGAACCAGAAUGGCUCCUGCGUCACAGUAGAUGCUUUAUAGAAGAUAAUUUUGCAUCGCCAGUGGAGGAUGAACAAGUAAGUGAACGACCUCCCUUGACCUUAUGGGAUAGAACGACCAUAUGGAAAAAUUUGCCAGAAAUAUCUUACGAGGAGGUAAUGGAAUCGAAUAGGGGUCUUGCCAUGUGGCUAGAUAUGUUUCACCGAUUUGGUACAGCCUUGCUACGUGGGGUCCCUACUACCAAGGGUAAAAUAAUCGAAGUAGUUAAAAGAUUCGCCUACGUUAAAGAAACAUCUUACGGAGUUACUUUUGACGUGGUAGCUGAGCCCGAUCCAGAGCACUUGGCGUACACAGGAACACAUCUUCAUCACCAUACAGACAUGAACUAUCGCGAAAAAAGCCCAGGAAUGCAGCUCCUACACUGUUUGAAAUCUACUGACAUAAAGGGCGGCGGCAGUGAUCCUGGAGGGUUGUCAUUCCUGGUGGACGGCUUCCGGGCAGCAAAUUGGCUCAAAGAAAACGAACCAGCUGCCUUCCAUAUUUUGUCGGCAACUCCAGUUCGUUUCCAGAUCAGCGUUAAUGGCAUGAAAUUUUCGCAAACUUGGCCCAUAAUUUGCACCGACAACGAAGGCAAGGUGACAGAGAUUCACUAUAACAAUCGCACUAUGGGUCCGCUUCAGGCACCUACCCAUCUGAUUACUCCGUUUUACCACUCCUACCAUCUCUUAACGGAGAAAAUCCGCACGGAAUCAAUGCAAUUCGCUUUCCAUUUGGCACCUGGGGAUUUGCUAGCUUUCAACAAUCGAAGAGUUCUACACGGGCGGACGUCAUUUGAUGAGACUCGCGUAUCACGUCACUUAGAGGGGUGUUAUGUUGACAUCGACGAAACUAUGGCUAUUUAUGAUUUUCUGCGUAACAAGGUUUAAUAUAAGGUAACUUUUUGAACAGGGGAAAAGAGCGGGACCACUGUUUAACAUAAAAUACUCAAGUGAAUUAAAUGAGCUACCAUAACA